CGAAGUUGCGCGCUUUGAAUGCGAUCUUAGAGCGCUGCCUGUGUCGGGACGGACAGGAGAUUAAGAGAGAAGAGGCUUGGGUGGAACCGGUUGAUAUGCCUCUUCCCCCAUCCAUCACGGAACGUCUGGUCGUAUCCCCGCACAUUGGUAGUGUCGGGCUCUCCGGCGCCCGUGGCGCUGGUAUAUCCGGUCGGAGCGUGCACAACAGCGAUUCGCAUGCGGGUCCGGGGUCAAGUUCAAGUUCUCCAUCGAAUUUGAUGCUCGAGUGUGUUCCGAGUGGAGAGCGAGCGGCUUUCGUCGAGGACGGGGAUUUAGAUGGGGGCCCAAGGCGUGGCUCGAAGCUACCUGUAGAUCAGGCAACACAAGGAUCCGGCCACGGGAGUCAGCGAGUGAGGGCUGUGGCGCAAUCAGAAGGGCCUGAUCUCGUUUCCAGAGACCAACACGCAGCUCAACGGUCAAGAGAAGGUUCCCUAGCACCUAGUCCAUGGUUCAGCACUGGGCAUCGACGGGGUCCGGAUGGCUUCAACCAUUGGAAUAUUCCGCCACUGACAGAGCACUCGCAGAGAGCGGUCCCUGUAGGUCGUAGUGCAGAUGGACAUCCCGAUGAUAGCUCGGACUUCUCAGAUUCUGAUUCGGACCACUCAAGCUCAGAUUCAGACCUCCCAUCGUCUGAGUUGGACUACUCGCACAGGUCUGAUGCGCUAUCCUCGGGGCCUAGCACUGCUCCUCCUCCCGCGCGCGGUCCUAUUCGCUGUCUG